AUGUCAAAUGUUUUAUUUUUUAUUUCUUUAUAUUUAUUAUCGAAUAGUUUUGUAAAUUCUCAAGGAUCUCCAUCUAGUUGUACUUUUAAUGGUAUAAAUUAUGGUUCAUUAAGUAAUGGUAGUUAUUCAGCAUUAAGUGCAGCCUCAAGUGUAAAUCCUCAAGGUAAAUAUAGAUACUAUUGGAAUAUAUGCGGUGAUGCAACUCAAUGUAAAUCAUAUGGGAGUUGGUCAGCAUGUCAACUUCAAGUUGGUUCAACAGGUAAUCCAAAUCCUGUAGGUUUAACAAGUCUUGGUUCAUUUGGUACAUCAAACUCAGGUGAUACACAAUUAAAAUACACCACAUCCUUAAAAUGCGCAAAUGGAAAUAAUAGAACUUUUAUUAUGACAUUUACCUGUUCUAAUAAUCAAGUAAUUUCAUCCUCAUUAGUUUCAGAGAAUAAUUGUAUUUAUACUGUAGAAAUGAGUGGAAACAUUUUUUGUCCCACUCCAACUCCAACUCCAACUCCAACUCCAACUCCUACUCCUAAUCCAACUUCAAAUGUAACCUGUAAAUCAUCCAAUGGAAUUUCAAUAACUAGUUCAGAUAUCAUUACAUGUAUUGGAUAUGGUCAAUCAAUAUGUACAACAUCAUCAGGCUAUUCAUGUGAAACCAAUCAAACUAAUGGAGUUCUUAAAUGUAUUUCACCUGAUAAUUCAAUUUCAUGUAUUGGUAAUCAAUUCUAUUGUUAUACUCAAUCUUAUACAUGCUCAGUUGAUUUUAAAUCUUAUGAUGGAUUACAAGUGAAUGGUAAAAUCAUUAAUUCAACUUAUUUUUCAUCAUAA